UGCGAGCAAGAGGGUUGUUUUCGUGGAGGGAUUUUUGUUUGAAUUGAAAUUGCUCUAGCAAAGGUUUAUUCGUGAUAAACGUGUGCCAGGAAAAUCAUGUAUACGGUAUCGAAAGGACCUAGUAAAUUGGUGGCAAAAACUAGACGAGGAAUACCACAAAACUACGAAAAAUACGAAUUGUUUCGCGAUCUGGGCCGGAAGGAAUGUGAUAUUACGAGUGAAUUCAGUGUGCCUCGACCGGUAUUUCAAGCGUCCACCAAAUCUGCUGCAGUGCAAUAUCUGAAGGCACAGCAGCAACAGCAGCAGCAAUCGUACGAACAGAAUGUUAGCCCACAGCAUGAGGAGCUCAUUAAAUACAUCAAUGAUUCAUGGAACAUGGUGGUAGCCUCUAAUCCUUACGAUGUACCUGGUUCACCUGACAGUACGGGUUCGAAUUGCUCGCUAUCUUCCAACAGCAGUACGUCCUCCAUAUCGUCAACAUCCAGCACAUCGACAGUGUAUUACAAUGAACCACCCAAUCCGCUGCUAGUCGACUUUAAGCCAUUCGACCUCGAAACCUGGUGGGGGAAAAGAAUAUUCAACAACAUUACAAAAAGUCUGUGAAUUUACCUCCACUGCUUACCCUAAUCCGUUGUAUUUUAAGCGUUUAAACCAAUACCUAACUAGUGAUCAGAGACUGUCUCAUGGCGCAAAGUUGUCGUUGAACCGUUGGCUUUAAAGAGACGUUUUUUUGCGAGAUAAGUGCGAGGCAUAGGCUACAGGAGGUUGCUUGCGGUUGGGUAGCAAAAUAUCGGCGAGGGCAAAACUAAUGGAAUCUUUGUUCAUCUCCAGUACUUCACGAUCGAUACCUUUCUGUUAGUCUUUGUUAUGUGUUUUUUUUGGCAAUAUGUUUUAUUUGUUUUUCGAAAAUGUGCAAUUGAAAACCCAAGUUCUAGAUCUUACUGCGUAGUUCCUAUUCAAACAAACAAGUGUAUUCAUAUGUUUUGUCAUGCAUCAUGAUCAUUUAUUAGGGUAUAGCGAAUACGAAAUGGUGAAUGCUGUUCAGCUAAUCGGCCUGCGAAAGCGGUAACUAUCAAAAUCAAUUAAUCAGCAGUGCCACUAGAGCAUGUUACGGCCAGCUGCUUCAUUCAGUUGAUUUUAUUUGGAGUGAACCAGUGUUGCCCUGAUGUGCUCGGUAGAAACGCGUGAUAUUGAUCGCGCUUUGCGAAAACGCCGAUUAAUCUAUAAUUCCUCUAGAAACUCAAACUAUUCUCAGUUAUCCAAGUAAGAUUUUAGAGUUCAGUUGGAGAUUUUAAUCAUUGUUUUUAUCCACGCCAAUUUGAGAUAUUUUGUUGUGAAAUUCUUGCGGUCACACAUAAUUGGAAAGUGCUUUUAGUGAAAAAAAAAAUCAACCCGUUAGGUUAACAUUGGUGUAUGAUAAUCAUUAUUCCGAAUAGUCUGAUAUGGGUAACUGAGAAAAGUUGGUAAAAGAGAAAUCCAAUAUGCUGAAGGAAUUGCUGGCCGAUAAGCGGUUGUGUUGAAUUUUGAACAGGUGGGAUAGUUGCAGUAGAUUAAAACAAAUGUGGCGUAAUACAUAUACCACGCAUAUACAAGCGCAAUUGUGUUCGUUAAGCCAGCUGCGGAAAGUAUGAAAAUAUAGAAUCACCAUA